AUGAAAAAAGCUGUAAUGGCAACGCUAGAUCAUUAUUGUUCGAGUGAUAAAUCUCCUCGCCACGAGAAUUGUCCGGCAGGCGCCGAAAGCUGGUGUGAAUGGCGCAAAGCUGAAGCCACGAAUUCUCUUGCGUCUUUCAAGCAUCCUGCUCGAUUGAUUGACGAAAAUGUGGAGAAACAUAUUCGUCCAAUCUACGAAGAGCUCUCAAACGACGAACUUUUGACGCGAUGCUUAGGCGGGCACACGCAAAAUUCAAACGAAUCUUUCAACUCCACUCUCUGGUGCAUGAUCUCGAAACAUCUGAAUUCUGGCCGAAAAAUCGUUGAAAUUGGUGCGUACAUGGCUGCAGGAAUGUUCAACGAAGGAUAUUCUGCAGUUUUAAGUACCAUGCAGCUGCUCGAUUUAAAAAUCGGCCAGCUAUGUAAGAUGUUUGCGGAUAACGUCGACGCACAAUGGAUCGAGAGGGAAAACCGGCGUACGUCUUUUUCCAGCAAGGAAGCUCGCACGGCCCGUAAACUCGAGCAACUGCAUCAAAAUGAGUUUUUUGAGGAAGUUGAAGGUUUACUUUAUGGCGCAGAAAUAGCUGAUUAG